AUGCGCCUGGCCUGGCUGCUGCUUCAGCCUUCGCUUGCGGAGCCCUGGAUCCUCCAGCAGCUGCGCGGAUGGCAACUCGAGGAUUUCGAUUGCAGUCAGAGUCGGGGCGGCGUUGCUGAUUGGCGAGCCCUGCAGCAAAGCGCUGCAGAGUUCAAUGCUGCGUGGAGCCUCAGGAGCCCUCCCCCGCUGAAGCUCUGCCCGCGGCGCAAGGCGAGUUCUGCACCGCGCUGGUCCGGAAACUUGGGCCUCGCGCUUGCCAGCGACGAAUGUCCACUGGGCGCGCUCACCGCCCAGGUCAUUGGCUUGAUUUGCAGCUCGGAUUGCCACGGGGGCACCACGGAUUUCCAGCGGUUGAUGAGCGAGGCCCUGCUUCCAAGCACACAAGAGAUCUUCGGAGUGCCCAGCAGCCGCGGGAGUCUGUGGCUGCUGUCCACUGCCUGGCCAACCGCUGAGCUCCUGGCCAAGUGGAGCGCCAACUGCACCCGCCGACCCGGCCGGAGAUUCCAGGCCCGGUGCGCCAACCCCGGGCUGACGACCUUCACCUCGCAGCUCCACGCGGCGGCGGAUGCCACGUUGGCGCAGCUUCUGGCGGGUCCAGUCAGUUUGAUCUUCGACGCGCGCCUGGACCACUUCGCCACGGCUGGCCUCGAGAUUUUGCGGCUACAGGACGGCAGAGCUAAGCUCAAGAACUGUGGAGUGGAGCUGGCUACCAAAGACAUGCUGCUCCUCUUCUUGCGGCUGUUGGGCCCCCCGGUGCCGGGCACCGACCCCUUGGCGCCUGCGGCCGCCGCGGCCGCCGCAGCCCGCGCGGCACAGCUGGAGCCGCCGGAGCUGCUGCGGGCCUGGCCGCUGCUGGCGAUGCUGGCGGCCGUGAGACUCACCACUUGGCGCUCCCACGGUCUCUACCCGCACUCCCAGGUGCCCAUCCCUGAGCUACAGGAUGUCCUGCAGCUCUCUGACCGAGUCGACGGGUCCCAGGCCGGCGUCGGAAUGGUCGAAGCGAAGCAACCAGCAGAGAACGGCCGCUUGCAGCAGAUUGUGGCAGGCGCGCUGCCGUUGAGCCCCGUGUGGCAGCGUGUGGCAUCGUGGCUGCUAGCGGCACCGGAUGCUCCUUCCGUCGUCUUCAUGACCAUGCUUUGGGGCUCCCUGGGGGACGACACCUGGGCUCGUCGCUUCUUGGCCCGCGCUCUCCACCUGGGCCUCCCGCGCUUCAUCUUCAUGAGCCCUGACGAGGCCCUGCUCUUGGAUUGCGAGGACGUGGCCGCGAAGUGGCGCAAAAGCGACAGCUACCCGCGCCUGCUGUGCAUGCGCUCCUUCUCCAAGUUUCGCAGGCCUUAUGACGUCAACAACUACGCCAAGUUUGUGCUGGUGCCCUUGCUGCUGGCUCUUGGCAUGAGCUACGCCUGGCUUGACAUCGACAUCUUCCUGGUGCAGAAUCCCACACAGCGGCUUCAGGAGAUUGCAGCUUUGCAAGAAGCGGAUGUGCUUACGACCGACCACUUCGAUCAGAACUGCCUGAACCACGGGGUGAUUUUCGUGAAGCCUUCAGACCGGACGCUCUACUGGAUCUUGAGCUACAUCCGGUGGAUGCAUGUGAACCCCUUCGGCCACGAUCAAAACGGCUGGGAUGCCUUCCUUGGGCACUCCAUCCAAUUUGAGCCCUUCGUCCCAGCAGCUCCGUUGGCCAACGUGACGCUGGCAGUGUUGGACACCUCCAAGGAGUUUCUGACUCUCACCGGCUGGGCGGGGGAUGACACGGAGCUGCCGAAAGCACAGCUUCUGCACCUCACCCGCACCUUCCCCAUCGACAUCCGCGAGAAGCGCCAGCGCUUCUUCGAACUCCUCGCCGGUGAGGAGGAUCCGCAGAUCCUCCACGGCACCUUGUCGCAGAUCCGGACGCCGCUUCGGCAGAAGCAGCCCUGCUACGAAGCCGUGCACGUCGCGGUGGAGCAGGUGGUGCAGGAUGGUCGGUACUGGAGCCUCUUCGAUUGA